AUGACGAUCUCCUCGCGACGCAAGAAGCGCAUAAACCCGUGGGUCAAGGCGACUGACCUAUGCGCAGACAUACUUCGAUUCAUCGAGCAGCGUUGGUCGUUCAUGGCCGAUGAUAAAUGCAUACCAGUCAAAGUCGCCCUUCAGUUGAUGGACAAUUCGUCUCUCGGACUUGCACAUCAGUAUAGCCAAUUCCAGGAAGCCCACAAGCAACUCCAGAAUGCGCUGAAGGUCAUUGUCAAUGAGCAUCACCAAGGCUUCAACAGCAGUAUCGGUACCUUCCACAAGAUACAAGCCUCGAUACAUGCCUCGCAACAGAGACUACGAACGCUCAGAUCGGGUCUGGUGCAAGCAAAGGGUAGCUUGGCAAGCGCGCGACCAGAGCUGAAAGCAUUUGCCCAGAGUAGUCAGCAAUAUGACCAGAUGCUGCUGGUGUUGGGCACCAUCGAGCAACUACAGCAGGUGCCGGAAAAGCUGGAAGCACAAAUAUCUGAAAAGCGCUUUCUCGGCGCUGUGGACACACUGCAGGAAGCAUUAAAGCUUAUAAGGAAACCAGACAUGGAGGAGAUCGGUGCGCUGAGCGACUUGCGAGUAUAUCUGAGCAAUCAAGAGCACUCGUUGACGGACAUUCUCGUGGAAGAGUUGCACAAUCAUCUCUAUCUCAAAAGCCCGUACUGCGAAGAGAGGUGGAAAGCACACACGCGACGAGAUGCCGCAACUGUUGACCACGAUGAGAGCGAACGAUCCAUGUUCAGUUUCCUGGAGACAUUUGAUGCCUCGAAGCCAAUGUUGGAAGAUACCACCAGGAAUCCGGAGGCUGACACGUUCUACUACAUUCAGCUUUUGCUGGAAUCGCUCAACAAAAUGAACCGCUUAGAGACCGCAGUGGACGAGAUAGAACAACGCUUGCCUGUUGAGCUCUUUACAGUGGUAGAGAGGUCACAUAUGGAGGUCGAGCAACGGCAUCCAUCCCUCUUGCGAGCUGCGGCCAGAAGCCAGAAGAAAAUGGGAGCUGGCGUGAACGCAGGCGCAGAUGGCGAGAAGAAGGAAACGCUCGAAGAUCUGCUCGUUACUCUCUUUGCGAAGUAUGAAGCUAUCGCUGAGGGGCAUCGCGUCCUCCAUGAUGUGAUAGCAGCAAUCAUCAAACGUGACGGCCAUGAAGACGCUUCGACGCUAAAUCGCAGUUUUCGGGAACUGUGGAAACUCCUCCAGAGUGAGAUUCGAUCGUUACUGCACGAUCAUCUGGCCACGAGUAACGAUCUUGGUCAACGAUCGAGACAAGAAAACGAUCCAAGUGCCAACAUUUUCAGGCCGCAACCACGAGACCGAUCACAAAAGCUCUUCAAAAUGUCAGAAACUGAUCAAAAGUCGACCGACUUGGCGACAGAGCGCGAGGACCUCGAGUCGAUAUUGAAGCAAUCAGUGCCUGGUCUGGUCGGCAGCAAUGCUCAAAAUUCGAAACAGGACCAGAACACAAUCACCGACAUAUCUGCGACCGGACACAAACUUUUGGUUGAGCCCAGUGUUUUCAACAUGGGAAUUCUUCUCAAGCCCUCGCUCGACUUCUUGACACGAUUACGAGAAGUCGUGCCUGUGAACUCUGGCGUCGUCCCAGGCACGCUGACAUCGUUCCUUGACGACUUCCUCGUCAAUGUCUUCUAUCCACAACUUGACGAGACCUUACUCGAACUUUGCAGCCGGAGUAUGACGGAAAUGGACGCCUUCCAAGCAGAUCCCAAGUGGCAACUGCAUGCCCAAAGACCGAUAUUCAAAGGCACAACCCGCUUUUACGAGCUCAUCGAGGCUUUCUGCGUCAUGCUCGACAGCCUGCCUCAUGAUCAAAGUUUCAGUCAACUCAUCGUGACGCAGAUGCGGACAUACUACGACAAGUGCUAUCAGUGGUCUAAGAGUCUGCUGCAACGCGCUCAACUAGAAUCCGAAGGAGCUGCCAAAUUGCGCCUGGCUGCGCAGUUCGCAACAAGCGGCGCGAUCAACGAGACUGUCAUCAAGCUGCUCAAAGCAGAUGCGAAGGACACUGCGGUCCUUGCCGAAAAAGAGACUGCCUUGCUGUUGAACGAAAUCAAGAAGCGUAGGCUAGAAGAAGCCGAUCUCAUCAAUGAUCGCAAAGCACUUGCAGCACUGUGCACUCUUCAAGUAAGCAUGAAAUGGCUUACUUCGAGAUGCCAGCAGUUGCGAUACAUCAGUCCAAGGGCUGUCGAUACAAGCAGCAUGCAGUCGCAUGACCGAAGAAGGUGGACCCAAAACUUCAACCUUGACAAUGCACCAAGCGGGCCAUAUCUGCCACUGGACAAAGAGACCGCA